UCGUCUCCAUCGUUCUCCCCUCACUCCCGACUCCAAGAUCCCCAAUUUCGCCAUGGCGGCGGCGUAGGGACAGCCAGUAGACAUUUUUGUGCUUCCUCCGGAUUAGCAGCCUUCUUCUCCUUACCACCAUCGCUGCAUAUAAGCACAAGCGCCCACCCUCCCUCGUACUCGUACUGCAGUAAUCCCAAACCAACGAAAAUGGUUGGAGGGCGCUGCACGGACGCCUCCGCCAAGCCGAAGCAUCCGCGCCCUGCAGGUGGCGACGACGGAAGCAGCAGCCUUGAUGCGUGUGGUGGCGGCGGCAUCGGGCAUGCCGGCGACCGUCUGAGCGCGCUGCCGGACGACCUCCUCCACGCCAUCAUGUCGCGCCUCAAGGCCCUGCAGAUGGCGCGGACGUGCGUGCUGUCCACGAGGUGGAGGCACCUCUGGCGCGCCGUGCCGUGCCUCGACGUCGACGAGGCGGAGACCGGCGCCUACAACAAUUUCGACAACUUCACCGACAACCUUCUGCGCAGCCAUGACAUCGCGCUCCUGGAGGACUUCCGGCUGCACGCCCACAGGACUUCUGACCGAUGGGUCCGCCGCGCCGUAGGCCAAGGCGAGGCAUGGCCUUGCCGGCUCAAAAGGUUGCAUCUCUUCAGCCUGCUUAAUCUGAAGCUGACAGAUCUUGGGAGCCUCAUCAGCUUCCGCUGCCAUGCUCUGGAGGACCUGCAACUGAGAAACUGCAGCUUUUUGCUCACCAGCAAUGCUAAGAUUGUCUCCUCCUCACUCAAGAAAUUGGCUGUCGUUGAUGGCUACUACAUGGUGCAUGACGAUGAGAUUUUUGCGUUGAUUAUAGAGGCUCCUGCUCUUGUUUCUCUAUGCCUCGACGGGGAGCUUGAACACAUUGUCGAUAUGACUGAACCGCAUACCGUGCUGUCUCUUGUCGACGCGUCGAUUCAGCUUCCCAGGGUCGAGAAGCGCGUGAAUCACGAAUUGGGUAUUCUUGGUGCGCUGUCUAACGUGACAACCUUGCGCUUGUCGCAUUUUGCGGUCAUGUUGUUGUUCUAUGCGACUCGUGAGGAUCUUCCUGUAUUCAAGUUUGAGAACCUAAGAAGCUUGUUGCUAGAUGAGUGUCAUAUCAGCGACGACUUCCUCGGGCUGCAGCAAUACCUGCACAACUCGCGUAACCUGAAGAAACUCACUUUGCGCUGUUGCAAGGUCUUGGAUUAUAGGCAUAACAAGGAGAUGAGAAAACGCCUGCACAAAUCUUCUGAGGUCCUGGUGGAUUUCAACUGUGAGAACCUUAGGCUUACUGAAAUCAUAUACAGAGAUGGUGACACUUCUAUCCACCUACUGGUCAAGUUUUUGGUCGGCAUGCGGAGGAAUCUACCAAACAACAUGAUCGAAUUCACUAAAGUUGAUUAGCAGAACUGUUUGUCAAAUACAGCAUGUUGUCUAAGGUUUGCUGAUUUUUACCCAGGUUGCAUUUGUGACCAAUUUGAAUCAUUAGCUUUUCCUUUUACUAGUAGUUCGUCAAGUGUGCAAUCCAUGUUAUAUAAAUAUAUAUUGCAAGAACCAUGUAAGCAUGCAUUGAAGCGUGUCAUCUCUGUUAGUUGGGCGAUUUAUGGAGAGAAAAAACUUGAACAUGGGAUUGGUUGACUCUCUUAUUUGACGCAAGGAUACUCCACUUCAAAAUUAUUUGAUGGCUGA